AUGGAUAUGACUUCUUCCCACAACGGAGGCGAGCCUUCCGUCUUUGACCACACUGGACAACAACCUUCCUCUUACAGCUCGGCACCAUCAUUUGGUCCCAGUCUGCACCCACAACGCAUCACGCACCACGAUCAAAGUCGAAGCUAUGUCCCAAAACUCACCAUUUCACCGGCUCACUCUAUGAACUCUACCAAAAGCCAACAUUCCACUACAGACUCUCAGAUUGAGUUCAUCACAAACUUGAAAAUCCGCAUAGCAGUUCUGGAGAACGACGUAGCUCAUGCGACGCAAGCUAAGGAUGAGGCCAUAAAGAGUUCGGUCAUUAUCGCCAGGGCGUUGGGCAACGUUGCCAAUAAUCCGGAGCUAGCUACUAAAAAGCUACGAGCUCCCGAGGCUGAAGAAUUGGAGGAGUUACGUGUAGAAGUGAAGAGGUUGAGAAGAGAGAAUGGUGUGCUUUGGGGUCGAAUCGAGUCUCAGGAAGCUAGCCACAUGAUCACUCAUGACAACUCUGCAAGUGCAGUUUCUAAAGACAAAAACACUUACCAAGUUUCAAGUGAAGACUCCGACUACCCUCUCGCAAUCAAAUCACGCUUAACGCAUCCCAUCAUCGAUGCUGCCAUCAAGAAAAUCGGCGCACAGGACGAGCCCAAGCACUCCUAUCACUCAGUUGACCUCAACGAAGAAACAAAACUUCCCAACCAUGUCAAUCUCGAACGACUUGAAGACGGUAGUCUCGCAGUCCCGUCGGGAUACCCAGUCUUGUCCUCUACACCAAAAAGAAGAAAUAUCAAUGACAUCAAUACCUCAACACUCGACGACGUCCUCAGCUCCUCGGACGAUGAAGAACCAGAAGUCAAAAUCGAAGAUCAACUCCUCUACCAAGAACGCGCCAACGCAAACUUCAUCAACAUUCCCGCCCCCGCAGUCCUCAAAGCCGGCUUUGAAUUCUAUCCCGAGAAAGCUCUUCGUGGUGAUGAUUAUGCUAAUCGAGGAUAUGUCAACCGCAAUAACUAUUAUGCGCGUUUCAACAAUCGAAAUACCGGUAUGCCCACGGGACCAAAACCUUUCGAGUUUCCUCCUGAUUUGAGCGAGGGCACGAGUAUCUGGACUACACCUCAACAGAGAGAUGAUGAGAUUAAUAACCAUAUGCGAGCUGCUGAUUCCAGAGAUCAUAAGUUCCCUGAUUAUUUCAGAUAUGGUGUUGUUUAUGUUCCAAAGGAUGGCGAUCAUGAUACAUUGCGCGGGGUACAUAUUGGUGGACUUCCGAAGAACAUCGAGUUGAGAGAUGUACUUGCGAGAGUUCGAGGUGGGAGGGUUUAUUCGGCUGUGCUGCUCAAUACGAUGGCUAUCUCGGGAAGUAACUCCGCGCUCGUUACAUUUGUUGACGAGGCGGAUGCGGAGGCUUAUGUUCAAUAUGCUAAUGCUCAUCCUAUCGUCUUUGACUCCGAGGACUCCGACGAGGAAAAUGUGGUCAUGGCAAUUGUAACGCAUCUUCAUACCCCCACAUUCCCCUUCUCCCCCGCAAAACUCAAGACGAUUUUUGAGCUCAACCGUACCCGCAUCCUCACAAUCCGCAAUUUUCCAGAGAACCUCUCACUACGUCGUCUAGAAACUGAUUUGGCAUGUCGAACUGCGUUUAGGGCGGACAGUAUGCUAGAAUGGUAUAUGGAUGAGGAAGGCACCCUUCGGAUGGAAUUCUCUAGUAUGGAUGCGGCUGGUAGCGCAUUUGGCAUGCUGGCGAGUUCACAUGGGUAUAGACAGUUUAGGUUGGAGUUGCAGUUUGAGAAGGAUAGUUGUGAGGGUAGUUUAGAGGAAUUAGAGAUGCCAGUUGAGAUGAGAAAACCUAUGUUUCCGAGAACUGAAAUUGGACCUAGGGAGGAUAGGAGUGGAAGUAGCCUGAGUGGAAAUGGAAAUGGAAAUGGUGAUGGUGGGAUGACAGGUGAUUCGGCUUUGGUGAUGCAGCGAAGACGAUUGGCUGCGUUGCAGAAACAACAUGAUGUUAUCCCAUCAUUGAGAGGCGAGGGCUUGAAGUCGAGUUCUUGGGCUGAUGAAGUUAUUGAGGACUCGGGAGCAAAUACCGCAAUUGAAGUAUCUGGUCGUCAAACUGAGGAAAUCACAACUUCGAAAAACAACAAAGAUCUCGAAGAAAAAAAUACUCUCAGAUCUCAACCACACCAAACACAUUCCAGCACAGAUUCAACAUCAUCAACACUCAUCGGACCUUCAACUGACGCACCCAUCAAAGACGAAGAUAUCGCCCCCGUCACCCCCAAACCUGGACCUCGCAUCCUAACUGGAAAACAAUAUCUCCUCGAAUUUGCCGCUGCCGCUAAAGGUCAUGAUACAUCAACACCUACAUCAACAUCUACAAACCCAAACCCAAACACAAGCCCACCAAUAUCAGCAACAACACCCAGCUCCAAUACCUCCACCCCUCGACCCCACCUACCUCGCCUUACCCUCUUCACCACCUCUCUCCCUCCCCCUCCCACCAUCACCAGUAAAUCCCCCGACCCCGAGCCCAGCUCUGCAGAAUACAGUCUUCAUUCAUUCGCUUCAUCAGCUGUUUCUGCCGUUUCUGCCGGAGAUAAUGAUUCGCCUCUGGAUUCUUUUCCCACGGAACAUACUCUGGCUCAUAUCCAGGUCCAGGCUCAAAAUCCUGCUCAGGCUGCUGGAAAAGCGAAAGGUGCUCCUGGUACUUUGUCUGAUUUUGGAGGACGUUCGCUGUUCUCGGCUGCUGGGCAUCCUGUUGAGGCUGUGGAUUCUAGUCAAGCUAUUCAACCUAUACAAGCUAUUCAACAUAGUGUCUCAAACCCAGUAACCCGCGCCCUCAAUACUGGUACUGGUACUGGCAGGAAAUUACCGGUAGUCAAUAAUGUGGAUGCAGAUACGAACGUAUAUUUUAUGCCAGGAGCAGAUACUGAAAAGGCGAUACUGGAUAGUGAGGUUGGGAGUCCGAGGCUGAGUUUGAGUUUGAGGGGCGAGGAUUGUGAUCGUGAUUGUGAUCGUGAUCAGGGCCGGGAGGAGAAGAUUUUAGGGGGAGUGAAUCAGGUGUUUUCUGAGAGGGUGGGGGUGGGGGCAGAUGGUGGUGGUGGUGGAUAUGUUGAGGGUGGAGUGAAGGAUGGAGGGAAGGAAAUUGGUGGGAAGGUUAUGGGUAUGGGUGAGGGUAAGGGUGGAGAGAAGGAAAAAGGAAACGAGGGAAAUGCAAAGGUACAAAAACAUGAAAAUACGAAGAUGAAGAUGAAGAUGAAUCCUGAUGAGAUUGAUCUGGAUCUGGGUCUUGAAUCUGAUGGGGAUGUGGCGGAUGUGGCGGAUGUGGAUGCGGAUGCGGAUGAAAAUGAGGGGCUUUUUCAAAAGGAGCUGUGUGUUCAGUCUAUAGCUAAGACUGACGCUACGACUAAGACUAAGACUAAGGCGGAGAUGGAUAUUUCUGAGGUUUCUGCUGCGUCUGCUGCGUCUGCUUCUUUAGCUGAUGCUAAGGAGGGUAUGGAGGGUAAGGAGGGUAAGGAGUCCAAGUUAAUUUCUUAUCGUGAGGGAGUUGAGGAAGGAGAGGAAAUUAAGAAAAUUAGGGAGGGGAAGGGAGGGGAAAAGCGGAUUUGA